CAAGGUUGACUCCUUGAUUUCCUUAGUGUGUAAGAAAUAUUUCUUUGCUUUCUUCAUAAACCCCUCUCUCUAUCCACCGUUUCAAACCCACAUCGGUUACAUCAUCUUCAUCCAAAAAUGGAGCAACAACCGCUACUCACUGAAAAGGGGGAAAUUAGGGAUGCAGAAAGCGAGAAAUGGCAUACAUAUCCAUCAGUGGGACGAACAGGAUCAUCAAUGAUGCCCGCUGCUUCUGAAGUCAGCGUUGACGAGAUUCGAUCGGCUGCUACCGGUUCUGAUCGGUACCCUGCUUCUCUUCAUGCUCCAUUGAUCAGUUCCCCGGAGCCUCCUCCCUAUAUUUCCGAACAACCUUAUUCUUACGAAGCAGGAUAUGGAGGGCAAUUUGGUAAACCUGAACAUCAACCUGCUAGGCAAAUAUUGGAUGAAGUUGAGAUUCGGGAAUUACUGAUCGAUCAUGUUGGUCACCGUUGUUGUUGGGGAAGUCGUCCCGCUCGCACUUGGAAAAUCCACUCUAUCGAGGACUGCAAUGUUUACGUCGGGACUCUCGAAACGUUUGUGGAAGAACGCGAAGUUAUAACCGAAACAGAGCCGUACAACGGUGGUAAUAUUGACGGAAAAGAUAAGGGGCCUGAACUUGGUGUUUGGGAAUUAGAUUUGCGGUCAGAAUUCCCAGUUUUGUUUACAAACCACAAAGAGUCACGUGCCAAAAUUCCGCACUCUGAAACUGUUGAAAAAUGUUCAGAUUGUGCGGGAAGAGGAGAUAUUGUUUGCGCUACGUGUAAUCCCGAUGGAGUUCAUAAGGAGAAUCAAAUGGCUCAGUGUGCUGCCUGUUAUGGAAGGGGUUUGAUUGCUCAUAGAGAUGGGUCUGAUACACUGUGUGUGAAAUGUAAUGGCAAAGGGAAGAUACCUUGUGCAACUUGUGGAUCUCGUGGGCUAGUUAAAUGCUUGAAAUGUUUAGGCAGUGGUUCUCUUUUGACACGCAAAAUCGCCGUUGUUAAAUGGGAUACACACGCAACCAGAAAACUGAAUGCAACAAGUGGGGCCGCCUCGGUUCCUGAUGAUGUCUUCCACCGAGCCAAAGGGGUCCAGCUGUGCAACACGCAAGCCUACCAAUGCACUCCGGCUUUCUUUGCUGAUUCCUUCUUUCUGAAUCAGUUCUCUUCGGAGGUUAUAUCUGAACGGCCUCUAAUUCCUCCUACUGCUAGAGUCAUAUGUGAGAGGCACACCAUUUCUGUAAUCCCGGUUACACGUGUCACGAUGGUCAACCGUGGUCAAGCCUUUAGCUUCUACAUCGUUGGUUUUAGCCGAGAUGUGUAUCUUAAGGAUUACUAUCCUUCUAGGUUCUGUUGGGGGUGCUGCCCUUGCUUGGAUUGGCUCAAGUUAUGAUCAAAUGUUCAUGUUUUAUAUAUAUAUGUGUUUAUAAUGGUUGCGGCUAGGUGGUUAUAAUAUGGGUUGUAUGCUACUGUGUGUGCUACUUGGAGGUCGGAUGGUGUUUGUAUAUCAUCGUUUAUAUGUAUGUGAUUGUUGUUCAAGUAUGGAUCGUAUGUAGUUAACGUUGAGGAAAUAUUAUCAUUAUUGCGUUACAGAA